CAUAGAUAUUGUCAACAAAUAAAAUGAAUUUUGUCUUUCUGUUUUCAGUCAGUAAAUGUCUCUCUGAUGUAAUUAUGUAGACACAGAGACACACAAAAGCAUACAGAACGAUCUUUGUUAUAUGGUUGUUAUACGCUGGGAAUGAAUGCAUUAUGUUCUUUACUUGUGUUUACAUCUAUUUUAUCAGAGUCGAUAGUUUUAGGUUCCUCGGACAACAGUGGAAAACAAUUUGUUUUGGCAUUCCCGACUUAUUCUACAUGCGACAGAGAAGUACAUUUUCUCGUUUAUACCUUUGAAGUGAUCAUUGAUGUCAAUAUCUUUAUGAGGACAAUGUGGAAUACUGUGAACAAAACCAACGUGGAGAAAAACUUUACAAUUAACAGAGAAGAAAUGCGUGUUUUUGUUGUUUAUGAAAAUUUUACACUUUUAUACCCAGACGAGCAUUCAAUCGAGUAUGCGAAAGGUCGUUAUUUGCAUGCUUUACCUAGAGCGGAUAUAUCUGAGAAGUUUACUUACGUAUUUAGCAGUAAAAACACUUUUUACGUCACUGUCAUCAUAAUCGAAAGGCGUGGUUCGGAUCCCAGCACGUCGGCUAUGCAAGCUGUGCCCACUGAAGGAUGGGGUAAAGUCUACUACGCCGUGACAUUGUCUAACAAGCCUUCCAUUCAAAUAGUCACCUCACAGGAUACGAAAGUCACCAUCACAAUCAUUUCUCCAAAAAACAAAUUUUAUGUGAAGUACAAUGCUUUUUACUAUUCUGACGGUGGAUUAAUCUUCCUACAAUUAUUGGCGUAUAAAACUUUUAGUCUUCAGGCUUGUCCAAAAGCUGAACACGACUAUGGACCAUUGACAGGAUCUAUCAUCAGCGGUGACAAGCCUAUAGGAGUCAUAUCAGGCAACUGUGAUGGCUAUGACGACAGCUCCAAAUGUUCAGUCCAAAUGUAUUCAAAGGAAACGGUCGUUUCCGAUAUGACCAUGGAAAUGCUGUUGCCGGAGGAGACUUUUGGCUACGAAUUCAUCCUGUAUGGUAAGCAGUGGUCAAGCGAACUAGGUCAUUAUGUAGUGGUGGCUUCCAAAGAGAACACCAAAGUUCAAUAUCAAUCAAUCUUUGCUUUUACCGAAGAGACGAUUCCAGAAAAAGGGAAACAUUUGAUAAUCAAAGGUCUUUCCUCCGCCCAUGGUAUCAAAUCCAACAAGCCUGUAGCGGUCUACUUCAUACGUCAGAGCUCGUGCAGUAUUACUUCUAAUUACGCUGGUCCAGGUGAUGCUGCUAUCUUAAUUGUCAUUCCAAACGAACUCUUUAUGGAUGUCUAUUAUUGGCUAACGCCGGACUCGCGACUCAUCUUGAAAGUAGCCAUCGAGCAUUUCAUGUGUUACGUGUGCAAGAGCGAGGAUGUAAACAACGGCUUGACAUUGGACGGGAAACUAUUACCGAGUGUAGUAGGAGGCAACUACUCCGAGAUUAACCUUAGCGGGAAGUGGCAGGUAGCAGAGCUGAAGAUUGAAACAGGCUAUCAUGAGUUUUACAGCAACAGAUCUGCCAAAUUCGGUGUUUAUCUGUAUGGCAUAGGGGAAAAAACUAGCUACAUGUAUCCUGCUGGCUUCAUCUCUACUAACAUUAGCGAUAUAGGUCAGUGCACUUUGAAGGUGCAGAAGAACAGACGUGGAGACUUUGAAGACAAUGAUUGUGAUGGGAACGUGAACGAGGAACGAAACAACGGAAAAGAUGAUGAUGAAGAUGGCGAAAUUGACGAGGACCUAAUACACCCCCCACCUAGAAAUGGCUCGUGGGGUGAAUGGCUCCCUUGGUGGUGCACACAUUGUAACGCUACUGUCAAAUUUCGCAACAGGCAGUGUAUCAAGCCGUUGCCCAUCAGAGGCGGUCACAACUGUUUGGGCUCAAAACUUGACCAGCGGAAUGGUGACUGUUUCAGUAUUUGUAACAUGGUUCACGGUGCCUGGAGUGAGUGGCAACCAUGGACGUGCCAAGAAAGGUGCCAGUUUAUGAAACGAACCAGAAAAUGUGACAAUCCAGCACCACAAAAUAAUGGCCGAAAUUGUACUGGAAUAACUGAACAGUUCGGGAUGAACACAGGAUGUACCAAAGGCUGUACAACAGUUUCUCAAGCUUCUACAACGACCACCAAAAAGACGAAAGAAGCAACCAUAAAAACCACCAAUCUGAGCCCAGUUUCUACAACACAACCAACCAAGAUAACUACGCCAGGCCUAGUGGAAAUUACUACUUCUGAGUUAGUUGAGCUUCCGCCACGUAAUGGCGACUGGGGCUCGUGGACACAGUGGAGUUGCCCUUUGAACUGUAAAGAGAAACAGAUGCAGAGAUUGAGAGUUUGUGACAGUCCCGCCCCUGAACCAGGAGGACUAGAAUGUUUUGGUCCACCAGUACAACUUACUGACGAUAACUUGUGCAAUGCUAUUUGUCCUAACGACUGCCCCAAUUAUAAAUGGGGUCUCAACUGUACCAAGGAUUGUUCCAAUUGUUUUACUCCUUGCGACAAAAACAAAGGAACCUGUGACAGUUGCAAAGCUGGCUUCCACAUUCCCAUGAAAUCAUGCACUUAUGAAUGUGACAAGUAUUUCUUUGGAUACGACUGUCGGGGCAACUGUAUUGACCGUUGUGAGGGUCAAGAUUGUGUGGAGAGAGUUACAGGAACCUGCCCAGCCAAAAAGAGUUAUAAUUCCUUAUAUUUCCUUCUACUUCUCCUGCUUAUCCCCAUCGCCAUCUUGUGUUAUUUACCUCAAAAGUAUAAACGCCAGAUCGAAUAUGCGGAAACAGAUUUUGACGAGUUUGAAAACAGUUUGCUGUCAGCACCUGUUAACCAGGCGUUGAAGUCGACCUCGUCCAAGGCCAGCAGACGCACCGAAGCACGUACCGAAGCUGAAACAAUCAAUAGCGUGAUCUAGGAGGUUUUCCUCUAUUCAAAAUGAGCUCACAUUUAAAUCACGAUUUUCAAGUAAUCGCAGUGCAUUCACUUGCAUCAGUUUGACCCAGAUAUUCAGCCACGUUUGCCGCCAGAGACACCUUCACCAAAGAGAGAUUUUUUAAAAUAAAGAACAAAUAUCAAA